CAAAGUUUUACUUCUGUGGCAAAAUGUUGGACAUUGUUUCACUGAAUAAUACUUGAUCGGGUUCAGGGUUUCGUUUCGACUAUGGCGUAUCAUUCUUCCCAUGACCCAGACGAGCAGUUUGAUUAUUUAUUUAAAAUUGUUUUAAUUGGUGACGCAGGAGUGGGCAAAACGUGUGUGGUACAGAGGUUCAAAUCGGGGUCCUACACCGAGAAACAUGGAAGUACAAUCGGGGUUGAUUUUACCAUGAAGACUUUAAAUAUUGAUGGAAAGCUUGUAAAGCUCCAGAUUUGGGAUACAGCUGGACAAGAACGGUUCCGCACGAUCACACAGAGCUACUACCGCAGUGCAAACGGUGUGAUCAUCGCCUACGACAUCACCAAGAGAUCCUCCUUUGACAACAUUCCUCGUUGGCUGGAAGACGUGAAGAGAUAUGCGGGAAUCAAUAUAGUUCAGCUUAUUAUAGGAACUAAGAAUGACCUUGAGAGUCUGCGGGAGGUGAGUGCGGAGGAGGCACGGAGUUACGCCCAGCAGCACGGCAUGCUGACCCACGUGGAGACAAGUGCCAAGGAAAACAACAAUGUUGAUGAUGCUUUCUUAAGUAUUGCCAAGGAACUAAAGAGGCGUUAUGGAGGGGAUAUCACUCUGGAUGGGUCUGACAUGGACGGGAUCCGACUUAGCUCACAGAGCAUAGGCGCAGACAGAUGGAGCUGCUGUAAGAGCUAACGCAAGCUGUAGGAGCCAACAGGAGCUGUAUGAGCUGAUACAGACUGUAGGAGCUAGCAGGACCUGGAGCUAGUUGUCAUAGAGAACGAUUGGAUCAUCAAAUCUUGAGCUUUCAAAACAUUUGCAGCCUGGACUCCAUGAAAUGGGAACCAAAGGUCAUGGGAUCAAUUCUCAGUGAUUCCCCCAUUCCAAACAUUGCUCCACAAAGCUGUGGUAUGUGCUAUCAUGUCUGUGGUAUAGUGUAUAUUAUAACUGACUUCUCGCUAGUAAUUAUUAAGAAGAGCAUAUGAGAAUCAGCUUUCUGUCCUGACUCUUGCUAUCAGUCAUUAAGUAAAGAGACUGUCCUGAGUUUGCUGCCAUUGUGGCAUGUUUUCAACUCAAGAUCCUCUUCCAUCAUCAACAUUAAAUAUUAAAUACACUUUAUUCUUCAGAGUAUCCAUUUCUGUAUAUUUAGUGUGUUUUUGGAUGUCUUAACAGGGCUCGAAAUAGUGCCUUGCAAACAGUAGUCCUACAGGUGAAAAACAACCCUUCACUAAAAUUACCGAAAAUGCCAGGUAAUUUUUCAAGACAUGUACGAUUAUCUCAUCUUCUACUUAGUGGAGACUGAUUGUUAUAUAGAGGGUAUUUCGUGUUUUUUGUCAAAUAUAAUUUAUAUCUCAUCGACUGAAGUUUGCAAUUAUAUCUCACGGGUCACGCUUGCAAACUUCACAAGAUGAGAUAUAAAUCAUAUUUGACAAAAAACAUGAAAUUUUCUAUUUAUUAUAUAACAUUUAGCAAUUUACCUUUAUUUUUAAAAUGCCAGCAGCAAAAUAGUUACA